AUGCCUAGUGCAACUUCCCAGAAGAAAACAUCUGCUGACAUUCCGUCAUGUCGCCAGAAAGAAAUAAAAGAAAUUAAGAAAAUGAAGGCAGAACUGAAGAAAGUCAAGGCAAAAUUAGCCACUGAAAAGAGUAAAGGACGCAAAGCAAAAAAAGAACAUAAGGAAACCGUCCGUGUUUUGAAAGAUGAAAAAGAAAGUAUAGACUUGAUCGUCUUGUCGUUGAAUAUGUCAAUGAACAUAAAAUCAUAG